AUGCCGUCAAAACCCCCGGCCGCAGCAAAAAACGUGGAAAACUACUUGGAGGUAUUUGACUGCGAUUUUAAGUGCCUUUACAUGACGCCCGUCCACUUGGUGGUGCACACACCUCCGGCACGCCUCAUUAUUUCCCGACUCGUUAGGUGCCGUAACUACAGGCCCAACGAGUGGGGUUCCUGUUCGAAGGAGGAAAACUGUCGCUUUGUCCACGCCAAUGUAGACUAUUCGACGCUGGAGGCCAAGCCCAUUCAUGUCAACUACAUCUGGCGUGACGAGAAUCUCUGCAUUUACGAGCGGCUGCCUCCGGGAGACGUGCUUGAGGUGUACUCGCGAAACAGAAGUAAAAAGCCCGAUUUGAUCCCCAGCGAACGUAUUCUCGUGACUCGUCGAGCGCUAUUGUACCGAGAGGACACUACCCAGCGUCUUUCUCACUGUGUUCACUAUUACUGCAAUGGGAUGUGCAACCGCGGCGAAAAUUGCAACUUCAUUCAUGCAGUUUACGUGGACCCGAAUGUCGAAAGUGACUUUAAACGCCCCCCUGCGCAGGCGAUGCCACGUGUUCAUGCCUCCGUGCAUUCCUCAGAAGCUGACAUUUCGGAAUCUCACGCGGCGUGGGGGAACCAAUUAAAUUUGGUUUCGCCCUCCCGUGGCUGUCCCUCGUCUAAGGAAGAUUUUGCCUCUCAGCUGCUCCUCAACUCGCAAUCGGCAGAUUUUUUCCCCUUAAACACGGAGCCGCACGAGGUGGCUGCCCUCAGUAUGGAUGAUUCUCAAUCAUCUAAUGAGGCCGCAAAGUCUGUGCCUCUCAACGCUCUCGGGGAAAGCUUUAAGAAGAGCAUGGAUUCUUCCGUUGCCGGCAAUGAAAGCCUUACAGAGGCAAAUGCGUCCAGGGCUGAGAAAAGUGUACAAGCCUCUGCCGUAGGGACCUUCACGCCGAUGUCUCAAACACCCAUGAUGGUUCCCUUGGUUUUGCCACACGACUCACUUGGAUCGUUACCGCUGUCUGUUGCUGGCAGCAACGGCAUCUCUUGCCUUGCCUACAAAGCGUUUGAUGCGUCUAUCGGGCAAGGUUUCUUGGGGAGCUCGGAUGGGCUCACCGUUUCUCCCCCUACAUUUUCGCAGGGCGGCGGCAAUUUCUCGGUCUCCAUUGCGUCAACGCCCUACCAGAUGUCUCUCAGCUCCGUCCACGAGGCCCGUCUUGCGUCGUGUCAUGGCGUUAUUGGUGGAACGAAGGAUGCGGACAAACAUUCAGGCUGCAUGGGAAAACCUGCUCGCGUUUACCGUCACAAUCCCUACAAGUCUAUCGAAAAGUCGCGGAAGUGUUUGGGGGUGGGAGCUGUGGAAAAGUAG